UGAAGUUAUAUGAAGAAACGAGUCUUAUCAUAAUGAGUGCAGCUGCUACAGCUUCCUACCCAGAUCUUAUCCUCCCACUGAAACGCGCACCCAGUCCUUAUUGGCGCUCCUGAAUCCUGCAGACCAGCGCAGCGAUCUGUCAAUCUCACAGAGGGAGAGCGGCAGAAUGGGGAUGCUGAGCGACUGAAGACGAUGCUAUGGAUCAGGCUUUCUCUCCUCUUCAGUUUAACAUGACAUUUAAACUUACCCUGACCCUUAUUAAACGACUGAAUAAGGGAAUGUGAAGAAGCGGCCAAGGGUUGCCCGACUGAUCGAUGCACCGCUCCUCAGCGCAGGUAGGGAUGGUGAGUCGCUGUCAGACCCAAACCUUCCCGGACAUCACCGGCUUGACGCUCUCGGUGUUCGGCGGCAAGGCGGAGGAGAUGUGCGCGCGGAGAGGCUUCGGGUCGCAGAUCUACAGGAGCCCCAGCGACUCUCACGGCAUGAGCUCCGCUUGCCCGAAGCGGCUCGUCGCUCAGUCCGAGGAAAGGGCGCAUCUGACGGCCAAAAGUGCGCGCCUGUGCCUCUCUCUGCCGCCGCUCCAAGUUAAUGGGGCCUACUGCUCAGAGAAGGAUGGCAGCUCUGAGCUGAGUGAUGCCGAGGGCACCCUAAUGCGAUGUGGGCAGAGCUUGCCACUGCCAGCGGGGGGCCACUCAGAAGGGCUCUACCCCCCGAGCCUCCACUGCAGCAGACCAGCAUCCGACCUCCUUCUGCAGGAUGGCCCGCACCGCGAAAGCAGAAGCACCUCCACCUUCCAGAGAGCCCCGCCUGGUGCCAGCAUGGUUCUCUCCUCUGCCCCUUACCCGAUUAAACAGGAGAACUCAAUCGGACACAAGACCUCCGGCGUUCAAGGUCCAUCUCAGGCUCCGUUUCAGGCCUGUAGGGCAGAUCAAGCUUUGGAUGCAUCGAGAGACGAUAUAGCUGCGGCCCUGCAUGCUAGCACUAACGGUAAUGGCGUAUGCACGGUGAGCUGUGUAGGUAGUGCCGUGUCAGGAGACGCGGUGCAACCUUUUAAUAAUGGAGAUGGCUCCUCCCCACUGGCUUUGUCCCCAACUGGCUCCCAUCAUUCAGCGCGUCUGCUCAGCGCUAGCGAUGUGAAGAGACGCUGCCUUUCCCUGGCCUCACAGUCUACUGCCGCUGCUGGCACCAGCAGCGUCGCCCCAACGAGUUCACCAUCAGCCACUGGCACGACCGCCAACGAGAUCAAUAUCACCGCAGCCAUCUGCUCCUCCUCCCAGAUGUCGAUGGUUGCCUGCGUCAACGGAUUCCGCGCUAACCUCUCCCCCAGCAACGCUAGUAGCGCCGGCUUGUCUUCGUCGUCCUCCUCCUCUUCUUCCACAUCCCCACCCUCUAUUUGCUGCCAGCGGGAGGCCCCUCGGAGACCCCCACGUCACAGCAGCCCCCAGCAUUCAUCACUACAGGAGAGCUGUCAACUGUCCUCACCUGCCGUCUGCCUCCUGUCCUUGUCCGCCUCGUCAUCCUCUUCUUCGGCGUCAUUAGUGGAGCCAGAGACAGGCCUAGGGCAGAGCCUGGGGCUUUGCGAGGAGCAGGUCUCCAUGCUGCGGGGGCUUGGGGCUGGAGGAACAGCCGAGGAAAGUGAAGAGAGAGGCUUGGAUGGGUUGGGACUACUGAUGAGUGGGGCCCUUAUGUCUGGGACAUUGAGCUCCAGUUCUGAUGCUGGUUGCCUGUUGGAUGGAAGUCAAAGAUGUGGGGCAGCUCUCAAGCAGGAACCUCUUGAUGACUUCUCUCCAAGUGAAGAUGAACUCUUCCAGCACCACUAUCACCACCAUCAUCACCUAAGUGGUCGCACUGGGCACCACCGUCACACUCCCCACCCAUCUCGAUCUGCCAUGCCUCCUCCCUAUCACCUGCACCAAUACCCGGGCCCCAGUCAUGGGGGGCCACUGCAGCACCAGAGUCAGCAGACAACACAAGCCUCCUCUCUGGCAUUAAAACAAACCUCCGGAGGCCCCCCUGCCACCCACACAACCCCGGAACGCGAAGACGUCAGAGGAGGAGCGCAAACAGAUAAGCAGGUGUGCCGCUGGAUUGACUGCAGCGCUGCUUACGAGCAGCAGGAGGAGCUUGUUAGGCACAUUGAGAAAGUCCACAUUGACCAGCGUAAAGGAGAGGACUUUACCUGUUUCUGGGCCGGCUGCAUUCGCCGCUACAAGCCCUUCAAUGCCCGCUACAAGCUGCUGAUUCACAUGAGGGUCCACUCGGGAGAGAAACCCAACAAGUGCAUGUUUGAGGGCUGUAACAAAGCAUUUUCCCGUCUGGAGAACCUGAAGAUCCACCUGAGGAGCCACACGGGCGAGAAGCCGUACCUCUGCCAGCACCCUGGCUGCCAGAAGGCAUUCAGCAACUCUAGCGACCGAGCCAAGCACCAGCGCACUCACCUGGACACGAAACCAUACGCAUGUCAGAUCUCGGGCUGCACCAAGCGCUACACGGAUCCCAGUUCUCUACGCAAACACGUCAAAAUCCACUCCGCCAAAGAGCAGCAGGUGCAUAAGAAGCUGCGGCCCUGCCCACACCUGGAGCAGGAUGUCCUUAGCGACUGUCUCUCCAUGCAGCAGCUGCAGAGCUCCAGCUCCUCGCAUCAGAUCUACAACGGCAAAGAUGUUCGUUCCCCUGCACUCUGUCCAGACAUCUUCUCAGGCCUGUACGCUGGCUCCAGCAACCCCCAUCAGAGCGCCUCGGUGGAGCUCCUCUCCCAUGCCCCCAACCCUGCCUCCGUCACAGACCUGCCCUCCCGGCAGCAACGGCUGGAUCGAGACCUCGGUAGCCCUCAUCACCUGUCCCCUCUGGCAUCCAUGGAUGGCGCAAGGGACGGCAGGCUGUCAGGCCCCCUCCUGUCUCCUGGCAUGAAGGCAACAGGAACUCCUCCUCCUCUUUCACAGGAGAAACAACAUGCUCACCCUCACCACAAGCCCUACCCACAUUACCACCAUCAACAACCUGCCACUGACGAAUACCAAGCCAGCUUUCAGAGCUGCUUCCAUUUUGGAGAGUCCUACAGGAUGGAGCAGACGGUCAGCGGUGUCCACGUCCCAGGAGAUGCUCAUAACUACUCCUCCCAUCAGCAUAAUGGCUUUCACAUGCCCACCAACAACACUGGACCUACAGGAUUCGGCGGGACCCAGGAGCUGCCGGGGGGCUCAGGGUGCCAGUAUUCCUCCAGCACCGACGACAGCAUUUUCUUUCAGGUGGGCAGCUUCGACCGCAACUUGAGCCACAUGUCGUCGGUCUACACGGAAACAUAGAUCCGAGCUACGAGUUGUUGUUGCGUUACGCUGCACAACAACCCACCAUGCGCAUCUUCAGCUUCAGCCCUGGUUUCUUUCCCCAAAACAGAAAACAAAACCUCUUCUAAAGUCAUUCUGAUGUAUGCACCACAGUAACCAACUGGACUAAACAAACAUUACAGCCUAUGAAAAUGAUACCUGAUGCACUGCCUUCUUUAAAGGUAUAAAAACAUAACUUGCAAUCAGGCAUAGAUGCCUACAAAAGCCCCUUUAACUUUUCCGCAUGUUGUCAAAUUUGUCUAAGGCCGACACCAUGUGGUGCAUAACCGUGAAUGUUGUGCAAACGUGGAUCUGAAAAGACAGUUUGUCUUCAACUCCCUUUAUUCUCACACACCUAACAAAAUUAUUUCUCCCAUAUCCCGGAAAGUCCAGAUCUAAACAUGUAGAAGACUUUGAGACCAAAUUUAACUUUUCUGCUACGGACAUUACUGUUGUAGCAGAAAACUAACACCGUACUGUGCACAUCUCCAAAUACAUCAUCCUUACCGUGAAACACGGUUGUGGCAGCAUGAUGGUGUGUUUGUAAUCUUACUCAUCAUAGCCAGAAAUAUUUGACAGAGUAGAUGAGAAGAUGGUGGGACCAAAAUAGAGGACAAGAAAAACUGUUAAAGUUUGCAAAAGACUUGAAACUGGAGCGAAGGCUCACCUUCCAACAGGACAAAGACCUUAAUAUAAGGUUAGUUUUCUUUUGUAACUCUACCUUUAAGCGUCACCUCGAAGACAUGAAAUCCAAUGGUACCAUGAGGACGUUAGUGUCCUCAUGACAGCGAAGCAGAAAAGUUCAUGGGGUGUUGAUAUUUUUGCAGGAAAAGUAAUGGUCAUUCAACUUCACAUAAAUGAUUAAAGCAAAUUUAGGUUAAUUUGUGAAAUAAAUCUUUCUGCAGAAACUUUUUAAAGGCAGCUCAAGUCAAGU